AUGGGUCUCUCAUCAUUCGAGAUUUUAGACAUCCUCGAGCUCCUCUUCUUUGUCCCUGCUCUGAUAGCUUCGGCUUAUGUCGUCUAUAAGCAGGGCAUCCGCAAACGACUCGGCUGGCGGUUUCUUAUCAUGAUAUGUCUGUUUCGGUUGGUUGGCGCCAUCACUUCUCUUAUCGCUGUCAGGCAUCCAUCCAGCGGCUUGACCAUCACGUACGAUGUCAUGAACAGCUUUGGCUUGUCGGCAAUCAUCUCAACAGCAUUGGCUCUCUUGGAUCGCGUCGAAGACGGCAUGGCAUCACACGGUCUGCACCACCAGAUAUUCCAACUCCUUCACCUCCCAAGUCUUGUCGGUAUCAUUCUCAGCGUUGUUGGGAGCACGGAUCUCUUCAGCGACAGUCAUUCUAACGUCUCGACCGGCUUCACCUUACUGAAAACCGCGAUUUGUCUUUUCUUGGUUGUGUUUGUCGCCGAUAUCCUCAUCACAGGACAUUGCUUUCUGAAGAUCAGUCACGUCUUGCCUGGCGAACGAGGCCUCUUGUUUGCAGUCGCCUUGGCUCUGCCCUUCAUGGCGGUCCGCAUGAUCUUCUCCCUCCUGUGCGUCUUCGCCAAUGACCCUAAAUGGUUCAGCUCUUGGAGCCUGGAGUGGACUGCCAUCCUUAUCCAUGCCAUAUUCGGCGUUCUGAUGGAGGCCAUCAUUGUCACGAUAUUCAUCGUGGCUGGGUUCAUCACGGCACCUGCAGCCCUGCCACUGGCCCACGAAGGCAAAGUGACUUACGCUCUGGGCGCCCGGAGUGUUUGA